AUGUACGCGCUUUCUUGGGCGAUUCGAAGCAAACCCGACUGGCGUCGCAAGGCCAAGGACGCGACGAUAAUGGAGAAAUGGCGUCAAGAAGCGAUGGAGCAGCAAGCAACAAACACGAGAGUGGCCGUUCCUUACGAAAAAUCGUGGAAAAUAUGGCUCUCGGACGACAUUAAUGCGCACUGCUUGUCGGAAAAGUACUCUUGGCUCCCAUCCGACUUUGCCAUUUCGUCAAAUAAGCAUGAUGGCGUUGCUGAAGCCCGUUUUGUUUCUCCGUACAUCAACAACCUGCACCCGACAACCCAUCAACAGCUUUACCGCGUAAUCGAGCAGGCCAUCGGGGCAUUUGUCCCCCUUUUCGAGCGGGUAUUGAGUCAAAUAAACGGCUCCGAACAAGACUUGCUGCGCGAAUGGCAAAAAGACGAGGUCCCUGGUGGUUCGGGCCGUAUCAAGGUGAAAUAUGGCUUUGGGACUUUCAUCGGGUUUGACCGCGAGUACGUUGGACUGCGGGUGCCGUGCAUUUGGGCCAGCGGAAUGCGUGACCGCGGACAAUUUAAGACCAACGACCAAUAUCUUGAUGCUAUAGAGAUACUUCCCGAGGCACAUGAGGAAGAUAAUGGCGCGUUGAAGAGGACUUUCGUUCCUUACUCCGAGUCGCUGCGGGGCAAGACUAUUCAGUGCAUUGUCAGACUUGCAAACAUCCAUUUGACGCCAGAGAAGAAGGAGUAUGCGGGUGGCAUGCUAAAUGAACGCAUCGUGGCUUCAGCAAUAUAUUAUUAUGACGAGGACAACAUCACUGAAUCAAGACUGGAAUUCCGGGUUACGACUAGUCCUCCUGUUUAUCACGAGCAAGACGACGAAUUAUGUUCAAAAGUUCUGUAUGGGAGACACAUUGUCUUUAUUAUUCAAAGUUUGGGUUCAAUCGAGACGAAAUCUGGGCGUGUGUUAGCAUGGCCCAACAUCUACCAACACAAGGUUGCACCGUUCAGUCUCAAAGACCCUACCCGCCCUGGUCAUCGAAAAAUUCUUGCAGUAUUUCUUGUCGAUCCUUCCAUCAAACCGGUCCCAUCGGCCACAACCGUGCCUCCCCAACAAAGCAAAUGGGCGCUGCGCGCGCUGUUGGAAGCACAACAAGAUCCGCGCUCUUUAGUGUCGCGUCUGCCGCUUGAGCUCAUCCAAGCAAUUUCCGCUGAACUAGAGCAGGUUGAGGGAGGACGGUAUUUGGGCCGUCGUGAGGCGCAUGAGGUAAGAACCAGACUCAUGGCCGAGCGGAAGGUGUUCCUAAAAGCAAGGGAGGGCACAGCCGCGUUGAGUUUUAACAUGUGUGAGCACUAA